UCCCAGAAGUGGUUUAUUUCUCGUCGCAUGUGAGCGGUUGUUGAAUAUUAAAAUUGUAUAAUGGUGCAAAAUGCAAACAGUAAGACCGGUAAAUUACUGGAUAAAACGGUGUUCAAGUUUUUCAACAAUUUCAUUAGUGAAGAUGAACAGAUCCGCAUUCAAGGUGCAUAUGAUCUUAUAACAUUCCUUUGCGAAGGGGACGGUGUUGAUCAGAAAGAAAAAGAACGUUCGUAUGCUCUAAAGCGGUUAGUACGUGGUGUUGGUUCAAACAACAACGCUUCAAGAGCAGGAUUUUUCACAGCACUCGUUGGCUACUUGCAACAGGUAAAGAAUACCCCAUAUUGCCCAACGAUCACAGAAAUAUUUGAGCUAGUCAAGUCGGAGCUUUCCGACACGGAUAAAGGCAAUGAAGACAAACAGACAAAGUUAGAGCUUAAAGUAGGUAAGGUGUCAAUAUGCGGAGCAAUUGUUACUGCUGAUUUAAUACAAAGUGCUUCCGAUUUGGAGCUACAAACGGUGGUAAAAACUUUAAAAAAGGGUGCACACAAGAUGGUUACCUCGCUAGCAAUGGUGUAUCUUAGUGAGUUAGUUCAAAAGGUUGACUCCAAAAAAUUCACCAAAAUUGUUUGGCCUAUUUUUGAGCCAAUGAUAAAUGUUCCCAAGGAACAACAUUCAAUGGAUACGUUACUCUUUUUACUAACUGCCUCGACAAAUCAUAAGAAAUCAGUAAACCAACAGUUUUUUGAAAAUAAUUUUGGUUGCCCAAAGCUGCUUCACGUAAACAAUUACGAAUAUCUGGCAAUGCUACUUAUGGAUAUCAAACAUACUCUUGCAAUCAAUCAUCCAUUUUACGAUACCUUUGUUGAUCAUCUGGUGAAGAAGAAUCUUGUUGCUGAAUUCUGGACACACGGACUUGAUAAGGUUCUACAAAAGGAUGAUAGUGUGUACAAAUUUAAAGACAUAGUGUCGCUUCGAGUUUUGAUAACCAUCAUCAACAAAUUGACCGAUUUCUCCGUUGUUCCAGUUUUACUAAGCCCUGGUCUCAUGACUAUGAUAAUUAAUAGAAUUAAAAACUUUAACCAGUUGAGCGAAGACGUACGCGAUUUGUAUCAGGAAGCCUUUGAGACAUUAAAUAAAUGUUACGCCAAUAUUUCUGAUGAACAAUGUAAGUUGCAAAUAUUUGAAAAGUUGAUCAACUCACCUAGCAGUAUCCUUAUUGAAAAGUAUGCUUCAAACAAAACUGUUCAGCAUUUAUUGGCUACAAUGAACGAUGGAGCUAGUGUGCAGAAAGUUGCAGCUCUUCUGAAAGAAAUGGUUUUAGCUCAAACAAGCACAGAUUUGCUGAAUUCUGAACGUGUUCAUGCUGCCCAAGCAUUGCAAAAGUUACUUUCUCAUCGUGUCAUUUUACCGGAAGAAGAAUGGAGCAUCGGCAUGGUUAAAUUUUUCCUUAAUCUUGGCGUGUUUUACUCCUCAGACGGAGUAAAAAUUCUCAAAAGCAGCAAAAGCCAGAACUCUGCCAUAACUUCAGAGUUAGUCCCUACAAUGAAGACAAUGUUUUUCAAUUGUCUAGAACACAAGCAUUCAAAGCUAACGAAAGAAAAAUCUUUCCUACUGUCGAUUGUCGAUCAUGUCGAGAACAUUCUACAAAGCGUAGGUAAUAAAUCACUUCGAACGCCGCUAAGCGAAGAUAAUUUACAGCUCUGGCAUCGAAUGCAUGAAAUAGUUCACACCAAAGAUAAGCUCAACAAGAAACUCGCCACUGUUUUCGAUAUACUGAUGAUGUAUAUGGGUCUGCAUCUUUUCAGUGAUCCCGAGUUGGCAAAAAGUUCGAUAGCAGAAUUAGAAAGUGUAAUGAAACGUGUGCAAAGCAAGAGAACUUCUAAAUCCAAGAGUAUGAUGGAAAACGGUCGGAAUGAUCUGAACGAAGAACCCGAGUGGAUUGAGGUAGUGGUUGACUUGUUUCUUAAUCUCAUGUCGCAAAAUUCGCAUCUAUUGCGUAAAGUAAUAGGACAUGUUUUCCCGCAUUUAUCGGGCAAGUUGACGCUUACGGCAUUUAAUCAAAUUUUAUCGGUCAUCAAUUUAAAGGACAAAAUAAACCCGCUGACUGCGGCGGAGCAUGAGAACGGAGAGGAGGAAGCUGCACAAGCGUUUAAUGACGAUGACUCUAGCGUCGAAGAUUCAAAUGGUGACAUGACCGAUGACGACGAAAAACAGUCUGAGAGUGAUAAUGAAGACGAGACCGAGUUUACUGAUGAUGAAGAUGAUGAAAAAGUGACUGAUAAAAUGCGAAUGACCAUUCAUGCCGCCCUUGGAGGAGCGAAUCCAGAAACUGAUACCGAAUCUGUGGAUCUAGACACCAUGAACGAGGAGCAGGGUCGAAAACUAGAUGAAGCAUUGGCCGCAGCAUUUAAAAUGUUCAAGCAAUCAAAACAGUCUAAGCCUACAAAGGCGGAAGAACGUGUCGAGACUACUUUGACGCAUUUUCGGAUGCGGGUAUUUGACUUGAUCGACAUUUAUUUGAAAAACUCCCCCAACAUGAUCAUUUGCUUGGAAUUAAUGCUGUAUGUAUUUGAAAUGCUACCAGUGGCAAUCAAGGACCCAAAACAUAAACAAAUACUUGAUCGCUAUCGGCACAUUUUUAACAGUCUAACCAAAAUCAAGCAGUUCAAUGUGGAUGCAACGGAUGUUUCACCAGAGCAACUAUCGCAGAUAUUAACAGAUUUAAUGGAAAAAGUUGCCAAAGGCUCAUAUUUCCCUGAAAAGAAUCAGUAUCUGACGAAAGCUUGCCAGUUCAUAGUUAUCUGUUCGCAAUUGAUUGAUCAGAAUGUUUUGGGGGCACAAAACACCAACAUAGACAAGAUUUUUUGCAAAUACUUAAAAACAUUUAUACCAGAUCGAAAUCCUCCGCUAACUUUAAACGUUUUUCAGUGUCUGUUUCGUAUGAACUGGGUUGGGAACUGGCGUUUAGCAAAAGUUCUGGCAGAAAAUGGCCUUCAGAAUAAAGUCCGGAUAGUUCGCAAAACGCAAACAUUGCAGCUUCUGAAAGAACUUAUGAAGAACCGACGAUUUGUUAGUGUAAAUCUUCAAGCCUCUCAAAAAGCUCUCAAAAGUAUAGCGAGCUGUCUGGUGCAAUAUAUCGGUGAGCAACAACAGGUUGAUACCAUUGCUCAGAAUGAGUUUAGCGAACUUGUUCAGCUUCUGUUGGAAUUGCACAGUUUUCAGAGACAGCAUCCUGAAGCUCAAAUCAUAUCGUGGGAACAAGUAGGACCUCAAGUACAAACGUUGCGACGAAUCAAUUUGAACUCCCAGACUAUGAACCACUAUGUGCGACUCUGCAAACUUCUUCAUAUAGAACCUAUCAGAAAUGUCAAGAUUAAAAAUAAAAAAGAUACUACGGAAACGACCAAGAAAAGUGGUCAAAAGCCUAAAGUCAACGGCGAGAAAAAUGUGGCGGAUGAAGAUGCUGCAACGGAAGUGCCAACUACUAAUGAAACCGUGAAGCGAAAGAGAACAGGUAGCUCUUCUAAACAAAAGCGUCUGAAAAAGGAAGAACGACUGCGAGUUGCAUCAGAAGGUUUGGAGUCAUUGUCUUUCGUGAACGUGAAAUAAAUUGAAAACGUGGCCUUAGGAAACGAAUCAAUGUGAGGUGAUUACUAA